AGCCACCUCGCCAGGAUGAACGGGAUGGCCAACGUCAACUCCAGCGGCCGCAGCCACUACCCCUCCGCCAUCCCCGUGCCCCGUGCCAUGACCCAUGGCAAGCUGCACACAGCAGCCCCCCCGAGCACCCCAGGGUCCCCUGUCCCCCACAGGGCUCUGUCCCCCUGGCCAGGGACGGUGCCAGCCCCCAAGACCCUCAAGCCCAAAGGCACUGGCAGAGCUGCCAGCCGUGAGCCGGCCAAGGGCAGGGAGAGAAGCCCCAGUGUCCCCCCUCGUGGCAGGCAGAAAGCCCUGGCGAGACCCCUGGUGUCCCCUGGGAGGAAUCCAGAGGCAGUGGGCAGCAGGAGGAGAGGGGCAGGCAGGGUGGGGGAGCCCACGGAGCUGCCCAAAGCUCCAUCAGCGCAGGGCAGGGCUGGGGGGUGGCUGGAGGGGUCCCCUGGGAAGGGCAGCAUAGCAGGUGUGGCAGGGACAGGGGAUGAGUCCCAUGGUGGCUCACAGGGGAGGGGUCCCGUAUUUGGGUCAGGGGCCAUCACCUUCUCCUCGGGCCCCCCCCACAGCCACCCCGUCACUGCCACCGUGGCACCCUUCCACUACCGGCUGCAGGAGGACCGGGAGCAGGAGGGGGCCGCGUCCCCGGGUGACGAGUAUCCUGGUCCUGCAGAGGGACCUGACCGCGAUCCCAAACCCAGAGGCCUGAGUGAGUCCAGGGGAGCUUCCCGGGAAUGGAGGGGGCGGUCCUGCCGGUGUCAGGGGGCAGAGGCUCGUGCUGGAGCGGGAGCCAGGACUGCAGGUCUAUGGGGCGGCGGGAGGAACCCCCACACUGGAGGUGCCCCAACUCCCCUGGGAAGGGCUGGGCUGCAGUUCCCGCAUCCGGUGACUCCUGUGGCCAAAACCCUACACAGCGGGGGACACAGGGGGACUGAACCCUGCGGGGACGGCGCCAGGACAUCACCCCGCUUGGCUCCUUUCCCUCCUCUUCCCAGUUUCCCAGCGAGCUCCAGGAAUGACCCAUUUCUAAGGAGCCGGCGCGGGGGCGGAUUUCGCGGCACCGCUGUCUCCUCACACCCACGGCAGGGUCACCUCCUUUCCCAAGGGCUGAUACGAGUUCCUCGCUGCAAUGCUGGGGACACCCCAGUCCCCUUGGGGUCUUGCUUCGGGGGGAGAUUUUUGGGGGGCGGCUCCUGGAGGGAUGCUGGGGCGGCGGUUGCCAGGGCAGCGGCAGAGGAGGAUGGCGGGAUGCUCCAGGGAUGUGCAGGGAAAGGGAAAAAAGAGAGCCGGGAGCUUCGCUGGAUGAUUUGA